GAAUGACAGUUCACACUGGAAGUGGAAAACAAGCUUCAUCGAACCCGUUGCAAGUUCAAAGGCGUCAACAAAUAGGUGUUGGGCAUGCUAAAAUUCACCCGCUGGACCAAGCACGCGGUUUUAAAGCCGAUAUAGAAAGAAGUCUGAAUGUUAACAAUUUUACUAGGGCCUUGACCAUUGCUAAGAAAGCCAUUCAAUGUGUGGACAGCAGUAUAAAACAGAGUAGCCAUGACGUGGAACGAGAGGUACUUCAGGCGUUCCACGUCGAGUUCGUCCGCUAUGUGCAGUGUAUUAUUCCGAGCAGAGAGUAUGAUCUAAAGAGGAAAAAAGAGAAGCAGUUGAGAGAGGAGAAAGAUGCUGAAGAAAGAUUGCGACAGCAACAGUCUCAAGCUGAACUCAUGAGUGGUCGGAUGUCUACUUUGGACAGUCUCAGUGUCUACUGUAUGGUGGAGCCAGAUGACUGUUCCAGUAUGUAUCCCCCGAUGCCAGUGGCAACUAGUCUGGAAACAGAUCACGUGACUGUACAUAAUACGACUGUGGCUUCGAUGUCCACUGCGAGUGUCACGUCAACGACUUCUUCCUCUGCCAGAUACCCCAAUAUACAUAAAAGUGUAGUUCCCGAUGCUGAAUAUGAUGGAUCCAAAGCAAGCGUUGCCUCGACAAAUCAUCUAUCCAAAAUACCAGCUGGAUCAUUAACGAGCCUGAACUAUCCAAAUCAUCGGCAUACCUACGAUACUCAUUUGCACGCACACAUGCAGCAGCAGUAUCGAAUGGGAGCUAGCGUUGCGAGUAACAACGGCUCACAUCCAUCUAUUCGACCCAAUUUAGCAGUCGGAAUGAACGAUCCCUUACAGUUCUGCAGCAUAGAUUCGACGUCAUCUGUAGCUGUGGUGGCUGGUCUUCAUUGUUCUUUUUACGACAGCUUCGCUUCUAGUUUCUCAAUAUCACAGCAUAAUCAAAAUAAUGCUAACCAACAACUUGGGCUUCCAGGAGUUCAGAUGAAUGUCAAAGGAAAUCCGUUUCAGAAUAACUUGGGAGUGAGCAAUCAGUUCCAGUUGUACAACAAUCACUACCAUCAUCCUCUCCAUCCUUCUGUGUCACCAAACUCGCUGAUGCUAUCCCAGAACUACAAUACAAAUGCGUACCAUCCAAAUUUGACGGCUCAAUCAGCGUGUUUCAAAUUCCCACAGGUGCCAGAAAAAAACGAGCGGGAGAGUAGUUUGGAGGAUUUGAAUGGUCAGAAAUAACUAAUGGAUAUUUUACAAAACUCAUCAUCUUUUCAUCAUUAAUAGAACUACUUCUAAAGAUGCAAUUGUUUAUUAGUUAUAUUUAGUUAGUUAAAAGAAUUUAAGAAGUUUUUUCUAGCUCAGUAUUUAAUUGUGAACCGAUGCAA